CAACACAAGCACUUUCAAAAUGGCGUUCGGGCGGUAUACACAUGCGAUCGUCUGUCGAGUUCCCAACAGCAUCAAGCAAUGUUCGUCGGGUGUUAUAGGCGACAUAAACGUUGAAUUGGCGAGAAAAGAACACGAAGAAUUUUGUAAAACUCUUCGUAGUCUUGAUCUUGAUGUCAUCGAACUGCAGGCCGACGAGUCAACACCGGACUGCGCAUUCGUUGAUGACACGGCGAUCAUUUGCAACGGCGCUGCCUUAAUCUGCAGGCCAGCCAACGGACAGCGCCAGAAGGAACUGGACAUAAUACGGGCUACCAUCAAGAAAGAACUGGGCAUUGCAGUAAUGGAGAUCCGGGACCCAAAGGCAAUUAUUGAAGGUGGAAACGUGCUUUUCACAGGUCACGAGUUCUUUGUGGGCAUAUCACCUCGGACGAAUGAGGCAGGAGCACGGGCACUGGCUGCUGCAUUCCCUGAAUAUCCUGUGACACCUGUCAAACUGCCCAAGCGCAACCAUCUCAAGGCUCUUUUGUCCAUGGCUGGCCCCGAUGUCAUCUGCCUGUCAGACAGCCCGGAGGCACAGGCUGUUAAAAGGCAAGUGGAGAGAGAAGCAACAUUCCAGUACCAGACAGUGACUUUGCCUGAAGAGAGGGCAGCUGGCUGCUUAUACAUCAAUGGGCGUUUGCUGCACAGGCACGAGUUUCCAACUGCUAACCAGGAGUUUGCCCAAAAGAUUGACUAUGGCCGUGUCACACUUGCGGUAACGGAGCUGAGCAAAGCCAGCACGGGUCUUCCCAGCCUGGCCCUUUUGGUGCGAAAGAGCAGGCAUCAUUGAAGCCAGGAACGCAUCCAGCUUUUACGCAUUCGCACGCCCCACCGUUCCACUCUGCCAACUCUGGUUAGGUAUUGUUCAAACAAGUAUUAUGUGCAGGUAAUGUGUUGCCAAUGCACAAGAUAAAUUACAGCUUGCUGUAGUGUAAAGAAAGAAUACUUGUUCCUCCCAAAGCAUUUUGUCAAGCUUUGUGUCAAAGUAUCUGCUGCCUAACAACUGAUUGGUGCAUAGAGGUCUCAUGCAGCCCAACUUUUUUCACCUACACAAGUGCACACAAGCUUGUUGCUUAUUGAGCAGAGCCAUAAAUGAGCAUGGCAGCGCCAGUCUUUUAGUCCCAUCCACCCUUCAUUUUAGGUUGAAACUCUGGCUUUUGCCUUUGACAACUCUUCUUAAAGUGUCAAUGCCUUGCUUUUUUGUUGUGAGCCGCAAAGUACACAGAAUAUGAUUUUUGCUUAUGUAUUAAUGAUGUUUCAUUUUGGCUCAUGGGCUUGCCCACACAGACAUGACACUGGUGCUGCAUUGUUUGACUCUUAUAGCCAACUCAUAGGUAGGCUGCGGAUGUUUUAGCUCUUAUUGAUGGUCACACGUAGCAUUUCUUUUUCCCCUUUAGUGAGCAUUAUUUUUAUACGGCUUCAUGCUCAACUGUGUGCACAUUGAAAAUUAUGUUCAUCUAAAACAGAAGAUUGCUUAUUAUGCCUUGAGGCAAACUUCUUGAUUUGUGAUAAUGUUCUGUUGGCUUUUAUUAUUGUUUGCAAAAAAUGUAACAACAUUUACAAUGUUCCUAUCAAUCCAAAUGUGGGUACUAGCACCAGACCAAAAAUGAUAUCAGUCAUACAUUCUCAUUGGCCUCUAUAGCUAUUUUCAUUAAUUGGUGUUUACAUUUUCUUCUUUCAAUCAAUCUUAAUUCCAUCAGCUUACAAGAACAAAUAAUAUUGCACUUACUGAAUGUCAGAGUGGAUUUCCUGUGCCUUUCUUAAGUUUUUUCACUCACUGUCUAUUAACAUCAGGUGACAACAGAUAGCGUUACACUGAUUUGAUGCUGAUGUAGAUUUCCCUUGCCUUUCAUAAUGCAAGGAAGUUUUGCACCGAGAAGUAUUCCCUUACUAAAUGUGUGCCUUGGAAGCUAUAUGUGUGCUCAUGCAUCAUUAUAAUUCAUUGUUGUAGCACUAUGCUUUCAGCAGCUUGUUUAUACUAAGCAUAAGGAAAUACCAUCAUUAUGCUUUGCUAAGGUUUUAUUUUACAUCAAACAUUGUGUUCCAUUGUUAAAAGCAUUGCAGCUGCACACAAACAAUGAUGUGUGAAAAAAGAAAGCUUUCAUUAUUGCAUUGGACAGUUAGAGGUGAAACAGAGCUUGUAAAAUUGUGCUGAUAAUUUGUGCACACUGGUUAAGAAGUUUACUCCUGCUUAUUCAUUUUGAUGUGAAUAGUUAUGAGAUACGUUAUGUGACUAUGGCUUUGGUGCAUCUUAAAAGAGUACGGUGAUCAUUAUGACAAUACUGUGUUGUUUAUGUAGAACCAGGGAAAUAUAGAAACACUAGGCAUGCUCUUCAACGUGUGUUGUGCAGCUUAGAAUAGUUGUCAACAACUGCUGUUGAUGUAAGCACGAAAGAAAUGAAAAACUUUGCACAUAACAAAUUGCUGGAAGUUACAGUACUUGCAUAGCUGCACUGACUUUGUGUAGCAGUACUGAGCAAUUUGUAUUGAAUAAUCUUGAGUCCAUUGUGAGCACUCAUAAGGGCUAGAAAUGCGUAAUGUUUCAAAUGUUUGCGGAUAAAUUUUUCAGCUAGCCAGGAAGUAUUAUUUAAUGCACCAAUUUAACCUUAAAAUGGUUGUCAUAGGCUGCAUUCUUUUUCUUCUCCCACUUGCCUUAUUUCUGCAGUCACAGUUUAAGGUUUCAAAUGAAACUUGAUACUAUUUUAGGUGAUGGCUCUUUUUUGUGUUGACAGUGCACUGUCUGAAAUAUGUAGUUAAGUAGGUCUAGAAAAUUGUUCUAGUAGUGAAUAACUGGAACUAGCUUCUUUUACUAUGAUCUUGCUUCCCACCUCCUCACUGCACCAAAAAUGUGCUGAUUUUAUGCACUUGCAUUCUGUUCUGCUUAGUGCCUUGGAGAGCACCGUGAGGAAGUUAGAGCUAAACUGUGUUUUGGGCUGCUGUGCUGCAUGUGGGUUCACAGCCUUGUGGGUGCCCUGUCGCUCCAAAUUAAGUGCCAAGAAAGCAGCACAACAUCUGCAGGAUUGUGUGCAUUGCAUUAUGUUGCAGUCUGUUGAAUGCAGUCGUAUCUGUAUGUAGCAUACACAUCUAUCUUCAUUAGAGCUAUACCAGGCAAGCCCAUUUUGACACAGUGACUAUCUUUAAGCUUUCUUAUAAAUCUAUUUUUGCUUAGGUAACUUGCUUUGCAAACAUUAGAUUUGCCUUAUGUAUGAUGCGCAGAUAAGCAUGUUUUGAGGUUCUGUGGGAACAUGUGUCCUUCAGAAUGCAGCAGCUAGCAAGUGAAUUAAGCACUUGUCAAGGUUCAUAGUAGACAUUAAAUAUCAGGUAAUUCCAACUGACCAGAAUUGUUUGUUUUAUGCACUUAACAGUUGCUAUGGUUUAUUAGGGUGGUUAUAGUCUAACCUAAAUGUAACAAGUAGUGCUUCCAGUCAAAGGCUUUGUUAAGUAAAAAAAAUUGUUAAAGCAGGUUUAUGUUUUUGUAGUCCGAAAUGCUCCGCAGACUCCUAGAACGUAUAAGCUGGCUAGAACAGUGUCAGUAGACAUUUCUGAAUAAAAUACCGCAAAAAACCUGGGCAAGCAUUUUGCAAUACACACACUGGACAGCAUUUUCUAUGUUCAGAAUGUUUACUGUUGUGUGCAGUAAAAAAAAAGAAGAAAGAAAAGCUUUUUUCUCUGUGCGCUGUACAAGCAGGAAUUUUAGUCCAUCGGCUCCUUUAAAUCUUUAUGACUAGGCUUCAGGAUUGUGAAGUGAAGCUCUCUGCUAGCUUUUCCAUCCUUCGUGAUUGCCCUGUAACAUAGAGGGCAGAAGAGCUUGGAGCAAGUGCUGCAGUGCCUUGGAAUGGAAUGCAGGGUGUGGGUAUUGUAUUGGGAUGACAGAUGACGCAGUGCUGCAUUUUGCUUGAUAGCUGCUUCCCUAUACUUGCUGGCAGCAUCUGUACAUGUAAAAAUGCCAACAAAUGAUAGUUCAUCUGAGCUGGCUUUCUUUCGUUUUUGUUACAUGAAGGCCUUUAAUGUAUGCAUGCAAUGCGCAAGGUAUUCAUUAUGUUGAAACUGUGAUGCAAAAUUAGUUCAUUAAAUCAUGAUAAAUUAUGCAUAGCCUUUGAUAGAGCCAAGAAUGGAAAAGUAAAAAAAAAAAAAUAUAUAUAUAUAUAUAUAUUGUUGAAUUGGGGUUCAUUACACCGAGGUUCAACUGUAGUUGUAUAGAUGACAAAGGAGAAUUACAUCUGUUGCUAGACAAAUGGUAGUUCUUGUGGGAUAAUUUUCACUGUUCCUCUGCCAGAGUUAAUUAUUUCGUCUGUGUCAUAAUUUGUCACUUGCUGUUGUGUAAAGAUGUUGCAUUGCAUACUGGUUAGCAGCAGUAGAGCUGUUAUAGGUGUAUGCCUGCUCGGGGCUGUAGUGUUUUCAAUGGUCGUUAUCACAGGUUUAUGCAUCAGUUUUUCGAGAAAAAACAAAACAAAAAAACAUGUAUACAAUGCUUUCACAUAUGUAUUAAGAAAACUUAUUAUGUACAUCUCGUAUAUUGUAUACGAGAUGUUCUGCUUUGAUACAUCAGUGAAUCGUGCACCUGCGCAGUCAGCACAUCUGUCUUGUGCUGCAGAACCUAGAUAUUAAUGAGAAAUUAUUAUUGCACAUAACACAAUGUACACAGUCAAGAGAAAGUGACUCACAGAGCAUGACGACUCCAGUGCUGUAGCCCUAGCACAGAAAUGUACAGUUUUAGAGCAAAUUGGAUGCCCAUUUGCAAAAAUUCUAUAAAAGAAAAAGAUUUCAAAGGAGAGAGCAAAGUUUGGUACAUGGCUGUCAAACAAUGUCAUGGUGUUCAAAUUGUUUUGAAGAUGUUCUGCUUUGAUUCUUGUAAGGUGAUUUUGUUGAAUUUAAUAGUUCAUUUUUGCUGUGUAAUAAUGUAGUUGCCGUACUGCAUAUUCAUUUUGGCUGUAGUUGCCCCACAUACAUUCCAUUCAUUCUGCUUUGUAAAUCAAAUCCCUCUGCUAGAUUGUUUUUGUUUCUAUAUUCAAGGAAAGGUUGUGGAUAGUAAUGUUCCUUGCUUUAUUGUGAUUAUAAACCUGAGGCCUAUGAUCUUUAUGGUUCUGUGGUCCAGCUAGUCAGAGGUCUUGCUGACGCUGAAAUGCUAGCAUUGUCAAGCAGUGCUUUCUUGCAGCUGUUUUUCAUGUUACCUCUAGUGUGUCACUACAAUAUUUGUUGUGUUCUUGUUACUGUGUUAUGUAAUUCCACUGCUCCAAAUGCACAUUCUCUUUUUUUUUUUUUUUUUAUUAGUUGACAGAAUGUCAUGUGUUCAUAGGAUUUACAGCUGUGUCUCCUUAUUGUAAUACAGCUUUUUCUGCACCAGGCCUUGUAGCAACUGAUGUGUGGGCUGUCUACAAUACCACAGAACUUUUUUUACCAGCAUGAAAAGCAGAGAAGCUGAAAGCGUGCACUUAAAUGUGACUAUAGGCAUAAACAUUGUAUGACACUGAAGCACCAGAUAACAGUUUGCAUCACUAUAGAUUCGAAAACAGUACAAUGUAUAAAUGGUAUAAUCAUUACUGUUGUGCAAGAUGUAGCACAGUGUUCUGUAAACAUUGCUUGUCGCCUGUUAACAUACUGAGAAUGUCUUGCAUGGCUAGUUGGUGCACAAUUGUUAAAAAUAAUACUGGUGCAAAAAAACAGACACAGAGAGGAACAAUAGGGACAAAAGAAACAACAGGAGCACCCAUUAACAUAAUACUCCUGUUGCUGAUUUUCUAAGCAGCUUAUGAACAAAGUGCAACAUAUGGCCACCUGAGUAUGAAAAAGAAGAGUGCUAACACCCUCUGUGCAGCUACACAGUUUACACUGCUCCAAAAAUAAUCUUAAAAUGUUGUUCUCUCCAAAUGAGUCUGACCAAGUUGGGUCACACUAACAUAACUUUGAAACAGGGUCCACUUUACUAAGUCUUAGUCUCCUCAUUAUCCCUUUUUACAUUUGAGGCAUAUUCAUUUUUUGUAUUCGCUGUCUGCCCAUGCAUUUAUGUGUGCAGCUUGUUUGUUAUGUGGAUUAUAUUAUUGUGAUGUCUGGUAACAGUAAAAAUUGGAUGGAUGCACUGCUUGCCAUUGAUGCUCUAAAUGUGCCUAUAAUACAGCUUUUGUUUCCUGGGCGUAGGCUUUGUAUUAAAAACAAACAAAAAAAACUUGCACUCGUUUUCAUCAUAUUGUUCUGAUGUAAGCAGUGGUAGCAGCUUUCAAAAUAAAUAAAUGAUGCUAUUUUCAGUACAAAUGGGCGAGCAUAAAUCAUCUUGGAGGCUGACAUUGUUGCCUGUGUCACAACCAAAUGGAAAGCACAAUAAAAAUAAUCAGAGAGUGAUGUCCCUGCAAAGUGUGCUCUAGAUUACACUUGGGAUGACUGGUCAGAUUUGGCUUAUUGCUCUGUUCACAGGCAAAAGUGCCUGAAAGUUCUGCAUAGCUUUCUAAGCAAUUGCAGAACUGUAACUCUGUAUUGUGAGAGAUGGAGCAAGUUUGAUGACCCACAUGUCUGGUAAUUUGUUACUGCUUAUCUGAAAUUCACAUAAACAGGCAUAUACUACA